UCAUAGGAUUCAUAGUAUUCAUACCUGCAGCGUUGACGGCCUGUUGGUGAUGUGUGGCAAAGUCCAGCGAAAUCCAAAGAGGAUCCCAGAUAGGGUCGGCCAAGUCAACGAACCCAAAAAUCCAACAGUCGUUGACCGUCAUCCGUGAUCAACUACGUACUACAUAAAUCACACUCAUCGUACAUCCUUCGCACCGUUCUGAGACUGGUUAGGACAAUGGGAUACCUAAAGUCUAUAGGAACCACAUUCAUCUAUAUUGGAUUAUUCCUGGCGCUUAUCACUUUUCUACCUGGCCUACCACCACAUGCACAGUUUGUUGAAUACAAUAUAUCGCCACCACAGCAGUUCCUAAUCGAUGCCCUGAAAUCGAACAACAGGCUGGAUCAUGCCGAAAUUCUGUUUGAAGGGAAGCUAAAGGGCCCUGAAUCUUUUGCCUCAUAUAACGGGGAAUUGUUCACCACAUUGCAUGGAGGCGACGUUGUUAAGAUUAUAGGGCAUCACAUUGUACCUGUCGCCAAGUUUGGUAGACCGUGCGAUGGAGUCUGGAUGGAAAAAGAAUGUGGUCGACCCUUAGGUUUACAAUUUGAUGAAAACGGUAAAUUGUACGUUGCCGAUACUUAUAAUGGUAUCUUCAAAGUGGAUGUCGUGACGGGAAAUUAUGACAUGGUCGUUGAUAUUUCAAAGCCGAUCGAGGGUACGUUACCCAUCCUCGUCAAUAGCGUGGACAUCGCCAAAAAUGGAGACAUAUACUGGACCGACUCAUCCCGAGAUUUUACUCUUCAGGACGGUGUUUACACAUGUCUGGCAAAUCCAUCGGGCAGGUUAAUCAAAUAUGAUUCACUGACUAAGCGGAAUAUUGUACUAGUCGCAAACCUCGGCUUUGCUAAUGGAGUCAAACUGAGUAAGGAUGAGAGCUUUGUAGUGGUAGCUGAGACAAUGACAUCUCGCCUGUUGAAAUUUCAUCUCAAAGGAGACAAGGCCGGCACUGCCGAAUUGUUUAUACAAGGCCUUCCUGGUUUACCAGACAACAUCCAUACGGAUGGUGGGGAUGGAUUUUUGGUCAGCCUGGUAGUUACUGCUGAUGCUGAUCAUCCCAUACUCGUGCAUUCCUUAGCACCCCAUCCGUAUAUAAGAAAAAUGCUAGCUAGGUUUCUCUACUUACUCGAAGCCCCGUUUAAGCUUAUCGAGGACAUUUAUCCAAAUUAUUAUACCAAGAGAACUGUUCAUUGGAUUGGCCAUUUUGAAAGUCUUAAAUUUCUACACCAUGAAAGCGUUGUUGUGCUUAGAAUCGGCUUUGAUGGUAAGAUCAUAGACGUAUUAUACACUAACGAUGGAAAAAUCAGCGGAAUAAGUUCAGCAUACAUAUUCAAAGAUCAUUUAUAUCUUGGUUCACCAUACAACGAAUAUCUGGCUAGGGUGCCAUUGAGUCGGGCCUUUCCAGCUAUGAAAAUGGAAUCCAAAAAUGUUGUCUCCGAUAACGUAGUUGAACGGCAAGACGCAAAAAAUGCACCUAAAUCUACCGAAGAUUCCAAGCUGUCCAGUUCAGCUGCUACGCCAGUUUCGAGUGGAACACCAAAGCCUAAACCAGGACCAUCUAUAACAAAACCCAAGCAGGCACCUUCCCAACAACAGGCUAAAGUCACCCCACCAACUCGGCAGCAGAAGCCAGUGACUGCUUCUCCGACGAAUCAACAACAGCAGCCUGUCACUACAGCUGCGCCAACUCGGCAACAGCAGCCCACGUCUACAGUUUCACCACCUCGGCAACAGCAGCCAGUCACCGUUACUCCACCGAAACGUCAAGAACAACAACAGCAACAACAAGCGACAGCGAAUCCAACAAAAGCAGAGAAGGAAAUGAUGCCCGAAUCAGUGAAAGUAGUUCCUGCACCUCAGCCUGCACAACCCUCACCUAUAUUGCAUAAAACGUCAGUGGAAGGAGGGAGUGAACAUAGGGAACGCAUAAAACCUGGUACUGCACAAAAACCAAACGUAGGUCAGCAGGCAACAUUAAGGCCUUCUCCACAACCGGUACCUACGAAGCAAUCAACUACGCAUCCCCCUCAAGCGGCAACAGAAAAUCCGAGCAAAGCUCAAAAGCAGUCACCUCAGCCCGUGCCGGUAACCGGUCGAAAUAACUAACAAUAGAUACAAAAGGUUAUCAAAAAACGGUUGAGCCACCGAUUGCUUCUACCCCAUCAUCAUGUAGCUGAUGAUACCAUAGGGUAACAAAUGGCCGUCUCUAUCACGCAAACAUGAAUGAUCGACCCUCCAAGCCCUUCAAGCCCUUCGAGGCAAUAACAACAAUAUCAGGGUCUUCUAGAGACAUAUUGUUGUCUCAUUAUACUUUAAACGGCAGCGUUUGUAUAUAGACUUUCACCGCUGAAAGUAUCAUAACGAGCACAAACAUGUUUACCGAAAUGCCGAGUCCAAGUGGUCCGAAUAAUGCCGCCAUCAGGUAACGCUGAUAAGCCAUAACUUCCUUAUAGAUCUGAUAACGGUAUACCAAAAGUUUGGCAUCUCUUGUUCCCAAUUUACUGUCUGAAUUGUAGCGCCAGCUUUGCCGAUACGCUCAUUCCGCAUCUUCAAGCCGUAUGUUUAAGAUCCGAGAACUCUGUCACAGUACGCGUAUUCCCCAAUGUUCAACCACUGGAAACAGUGUUGAACAGAAAAAACUGGGAACUAGGAUGCAUGGUGUCAGGCAUUAAACGAGGUUGACGUUUAUAGGUAUACUACACGUGAUGUCCCACCAUCAUUACUGAGCAGUACCACAUUUCUGAUCGCGCUACGACUCAGAGUUCGCGUUCGCUGAUACAGUCUUCACAGUUUUCCAUAUUUAAUCAAUAGUUUGUAACAUCUAUGUACACCACAAUAAUCACGGUCUUCAUUUUUUAUUUUAGAAUGAUACUUUUUCGAUAAUAGAGGUCCUUCUUGUUUACUAUUUUU